AUCAAAUGAUUUCAAAUAAUAUCUGUUAAUCUAUAUUCUGAUUAGCCAAUAAUUUAUACAAUAGUAGUAGUAUUAAGGCUCACUCGAAUCAGUAUCUUGGCGGAAACGGUUGAAGGAAGUUCAAUAUAUAUAUAUUUUUUUAUUUAAAUUAUUAAUAAUCAAUUUGAAAAUAUAUCUAGAGAAAACUUUGUCAAAAUGUCUGAUACAACAAAAGACCAUAUACCUGAACCUGGUCAGAAUGGCUAUAAUGAAAAAGCUCGUAGUAAGCACAUAGACCUGGACUAUGUGCUGGUGAACGAGCUGGGUCAGUUAGGUCGGUUCCAGCUGAUCAAUAUUCUGUUGGUAGGAAUACCACUCCUUGCGUCGGCUUUCAUGAAUGAAUUUGUUUUCGGCGCCGCGGCUAUUCCCCACAGGUGUCGAAUCCCUGAGUGUGGAGAGGACAGCAAGUCGGUACGAUUUGAUCCAGAUUGGAUACUAGACGCCGUACCGCAGUCGGGCAAUACGUUUGCUAGUUGUCAGCGGUUUCCGUCUCUCGCUAACGGUACCUUGGAUAUUUGUCCAGCAGAUCUCUUUGAUUCUACUAGUAGCGUGAAUUGCGAUGGAUUUGUUUAUGACAGGAGUGACUCUGUGGUAUAUGACUUUGAUUUGGGUUGUCAAGAAUGGAUGAGAGCGUUAGCUGGUACACUGAACAGCGUUGGGACAUUACUUGUAUUGCCCAUCACCGGAUACGUGUCGGACCGAUUUGGAAGACGAGUUGCCCUAAUCAUCAGUGUUUUCAACAUGGCCGUCAUCGGCAUCAUUAGGUCCUUCUCCGUAAACUACCCUAUGUACUUGGCGAUGCAAAUCUUGCAAACUACUUUGGGUGCUGGGAUCUAUAGUACCGCUUAUAUUAUCGGAGCGGAAAUGGUGGGACCAAAGUAUCGUGUACUAGCAAGCGCUACAUCGAGUUCAAUGUUCGCUCUUGGUCAAGUGAUAUUAGGAGGCACAGCUUGGCUGAUCCCGUCGUGGCGUUAUCUCCUCCUUGCACUCAAUAUCCCAUGCUUCCUCAUCAUCUCGUAUUACUGGAUCCUCUCGGAGAGUGUGAGAUGGCUACUGUCUAAAGAAAAAUUUGAUGAGGCAAAAACCAACGACUCAUUAGUGAAAGCGAUACUCAAGUCUCCAAUUCUACUCCGGCGUGUGUGCACCACGCCUAUAUGGUGGAUCACUACGAUCCUGGUGUACUAUGGACUUUCCAUCAACUCCACCGGCCUCUCAGACCAGAGGCACUUGAACUACAUCCUGACUGUAGCCGUUGAGAUCCCCGGCUUCUACAGCGCUGUGCUCAUCUUGGAUAGAAUUGGGAGGAAGUUGACAUUGUGCGGUGGUUUCUUCUUAAGUGCCGCUUGCAAUAUUGCUUUUGCCUUUAUGCCGAAUGAAUUAGCAGUAUUAAGACUGAUCAUCUUCCUGCUUGGCAAGUUCGGCAUCUCAGUUGUGGUGACGUCUCUGUACCUGUUCACGUCGGAGCUGUACCCGACGCAGUACCGGCACAGCCUGCUCGGCUUCUCCUCCAUGAUUGGCAGAAUCGGUUCCAUCACUGCACCACUCACACCUGCACUGGGUAUACCUUCUAUGAUGUUUGGCGCUAUGGGUCUGAUCUCUGGUGUGCUGGUGCUGACGCAGCCGGAGACCCUGGGCACCAAGAUGCCUGACACUCUGGCUGAGGCCGAGGCACUAGGAAGACCAACGUCUAGAGGGCAGACCAGCUAA